GAGCAUGGUGUGCUGCAGAGCAGCAGGCUGGGCACUGGCAGCCACCAUUGCUUCUCCUCGGCACUGAAAUCUUCAGGGAAGAAGGAAAGGAAAAGAUUUCGCCACAGGUCCCCAGCACAGCAGCAGGAGAGGAGCCAGCUCUUGGGGAGAAAGCAGGGCUAGGCCAGGGCGUGAUGGAGCUGCAGCGCAGGAGGAUGACAAGGGGACAGCUCUCUGUGCUCCUUCUCUUCCUUGCCUUGACCUGGCUGCCAGCGGGGGGUCGGCGGCCCCCUCGGCCACCCCCCUGCCCCCCAGGCUGCUCCUGCACCCGUGACACAGCCUUCUGCGUGGACUCCAAGGCUGUGCCCAGGAACCUGCCCCAUGAGGUCAUCUCACUGACAAUGGUGAAUGCAGCCUUCACAGAGAUCCGAGAGGCAGCCUUCGCCCACAUUCCCUCACUGCAGUUCCUCCUGCUCAACUCCAACAAGUUCACACUGAUCGGGGAUAAUGCCUUCGCUGGCCUCUCGCAUCUCCAGUACCUGUUCAUCGAGAACAAUGACAUCCAGGCGCUCUCAAAGGCCACUUUCCGUGGGCUCAAGUCCCUGACCCACCUGUCGUUGGCCAACAACAACCUGCAGACGCUGCCUCGGGACCUCUUCAAGCCGUUAGACAUCCUGAGCGACCUGGAUCUACGGGGUAACACACUGGCCUGUGACUGCAAGAUCAAGUGGCUUGUAGAGUGGCUGGAGAGCACCAACACCACGGUCCCCGCCAUCUUCUGCAGCAGCCCUGGGCAGUUCGAGGGCCAGCGGAUUCGGGACCUGGCACCUGGUGACUUCCAGUGCAUCACCACAGACUUUGUGGUGCACCAGGUCCUGCCCUUCCAGUCAGUGUCUGCUGAGCCCUUCACAUAUGCCAGUGACCUGUACGUUGCCCUGGCACAGCCUAGUGCCAGCAGUUGCGCCAUCCUCAAGUGGGACUAUGUGGAGCGCAAGCUGCGCAACUUUGACCACAUCCCUGCUCACUCGGCAGUGCAGUGCAAGCCCAUUGUGGUGCAGGACCAGCUGUAUGUCGUGGUGGCCCAGCUCUUUGGUGGCUCCUACAUCUACCGCUGGGAUACUGCUGUGGACAAAUUCAUCAAGAUCCAGGACAUCGACAGUCAGAAGACCCGCAAACCCAAUGACAUCGAGGCCUUCCAGAUCGACGGUGACUGGUACUUUGUCAUUGCCGACAGUUCCAAGGCAGGCUCCACUAGCCUCUACCGCCUCAACCAGAAUGGUUUCUACUCCCAUCAAGCCCUCCAUGCCUGGCACCGCGACACCGAUGUGGAAUACGUGGAGAAUGAUGGCAAACCCCGGCUGAUCAUCUCCAGCAGCUCCCAAGCCCCUGUCAUCUACCAGUGGAGCCGUGCGCAGAAGCAGUUCGUGUCCCAAGGGGAGGUAGGGGAGAUGCUGGAUGUACAGAUGGUAAAGCACUUCAGGGUGAAACGGGACCAAUUUCUCUGCCUCAGCCGCUACAUCGGUGACUCCAAGGUGCUGCGAUGGGAAGGGCAGCGCUUCAUUGAGCUCCAGACGCUACCAUCCCGUGGCUCCAUGGUGAUGCAGCCCUUCUCAGUGGAGCAACGGCAGUACCUGGCCCUGGGCAGUGACUUCUCCUUCACCCACAUCUACCUGUGGGAAGAGGAGAAGCAAAAAUUUGUCAAGUUUCAGGAGCUGUCAGUGCAGGCACCGCGGGCUUUCCAUUAUGUGCUGGCUGCGGAUGUGCAGCUCCUCCUGGCUCCCAGCUUCAAGGCCAACACACUGGUCUACCGCCACAUGGUGGUGGACCUCAGCCUCUAGCAUGGAGGCAGAGCCACGGCUGCCUGUGUGGCCCUGCUGCAGCUCUCACUUCCCUCAAGAGCUGCCUACUCCUGCCUGAGGACAUGCAUGCACCUACCAGCCCAUUCGUCCUGCCUGCAGCCGACUCUACCUUGUGGUCACAGCCUGGUGCCAGUCCACCUUCCUGUUCCCCUACAUUCACUCACCCCUCAAAUUGCCCCCAAGGCAGCACCCAGCCCCAUGUCCCCAAUGUUGGGGAAAGCCACAGGCUUCAGUUUCCUUCCUGAUACUCCCUGCUUCCCCACAUGCAGCACGCACAGCCAUCCCAUCCAGCAGCCCGAGGGUUGUGGGCAGCAGAGUGGGACACCCAUCACUCUACAGACCGAUGCCCUUGGGUGCCUGCUCUGUGGCACUGGCAGUGACGGCAGAGCAUGGAUGCUCCUGUGUGCUCAGACGAUGGGCUGGAGGGUCAAGGCAGGGAGGUCUAGGGGGCAUGGGAGUGGGGCAGCAGACACAGAUGUGCACAUGCAGGGCAAUGCUGCCAGGGUCCAGGACAUCAGGGUGCUUCCAGGCUGACAGGGUGCUUCCAGGCUGAUAGGAUGCUCCAUGAUAAAUGGGAUACCUGAGGUGGACGAGAUGCUCAAGGCCAUCGAGAUGCUCCAAGAGGGAUGCAGAUGGGAUGCUCUGAGGUGGAUGGGACACUCAAGGCCAGUGUGAUGCUCCAGGCUGGUGGGAUGUUGUCGAGGCGGUGCCAUCACCUGCAGAAACCGGGCUGGCCUGCUCCUGUCCUACUCUGUACAACAUCCCACAGCUCCUUCUGCCCGUGGCCCCCUGCUGCCAGGCUGGACCCAGGUGCCAGCCGUACCCAAGGUGUAUGUGGCCACUGAAAUGCUCCCCACAAUAAAUACAC